AAGCAACAUGUCAACUGCGUUCAGCUCUGAUGGGUCAUCCCUGAUGGAGCCUACAAUAUCAGAGGGCGCCACUGAACAUAAACCUGAAAUCAACAUUGAAAGAGACUUUGAUGUGAAGAGAACCAUUGAAUGGAUUUGCAUCAAUAAAUAUGAAAGGGUGGCGUUACAAUUUCCUGAUGAGCUACUGUGCUACUCUGCUAGUAUUGUGGGAGCUUUGCGGCAAGCAACAUCAGCCUUGCUAUUCAUCCUUGGAGACACAUCAUAUGGAAGUUGCUGUGUUGAUGAGGUUGCGGGAGAACAUCACAAAGCUGAUGCAUUGGUGCACUAUGGCCAUAGCUGUCUCAGUCAGACAGGACGUCUCCCUGUUCUGUUUAUAUUUGGUCAGAGACCCAUAGAUGUAGAACACUGUACCUCAGUAAUUACAUCCACCCUUAAUGAUGCUGCUCUCCCUGUGGUCCUGAUGUAUGAUGUAGCAUACAGACACGCUAUUGGAUUAAUAGAAACAGAACUAGGGAGAUUCUAUGAGACAUUUGUGUGUUCAUCUCUAAAUCUGCCUGAAUCUGAAUCAAACUCAAUAUCCUCCAAAGAAUCACAGGACACAGUACAUUCUGAAGAGUCUCAAUCUGCUAGGCUACAUACUAAAUGUGGCAGGACGUUCAAAAUACCCGAGGGCACCAAUCUUGGAGACUUUACCAUAUGUUUCAUUGGAAGUAGUAGUUUAACUAUGACUAACAUUAGAAUGGUGUAUAAUCAGUGUCAGCUAUAUAGUUAUAACCCAGAGUCCAUGGAAUGCAAUAUGGAAACCCCAAAUUCCAAUAAACUGCUUAUGAAACGUUAUGUCAUGGUUGAGAAGGCUAAGGAUGCGAGUAUUGUAGGGAUUGUCAUGGGAACUUUAGGAAUCAAGGACUAUCUACAAACAUUAGACAGGAUGAAACAUUUAUGUAAAAUUACAGGCAAGAAAACAUACACCUUUAGCAUGGGGAAAAUUAAUGUGGCCAAACUGGCAAACUUUUUAGAAAUUGAUGUUUUCGUGCUGAUAUCAUGCGCAGAAAAUACCCUGUUGGAUUCUAAAGAGUUUUAUAAACCAAUCGUAACACCAUAUGAGAUGGAGCUGGCCUGCAAUGAGAACCUACAGUGGACGGGGGAGUACGAGACAGACUUUAGACAACUCAAUAAAAUUGAAAUCUCAGAAGAGCCCAGAAAACUAGAACAUGACGUGUCAAUAAUCACGGGAAAGAUCAGGACGCUUGGUGUUGAAGAAGUACAAAAUGAAUCAUCAGGGGCCCUCUUGUCAAGAGAUGAGGCACUAACACUCGCCACACAAGAUGCUGGAGCUAACUUCCUGCAUAGUAGACAGUGGCAAGGACUGGAGCAGAAGCUAGGAGAGACUGAAGUUGUCAAGGCAGUCAAGGGACAAACUGGUAUAGCCAUGUCCUACACUGAUGGAGCUGGGGGAGACAAUACGCAACCAAGAUAAUGAAUAGACUGAGCAUUUGUGUGUGGCCUAAGGCAGUCCAGAAAGUCGAUACAAUCAAUAAGGCAGCUUGGUAGACAAUAUAUGACAAUAGUGAAUACAAGGACUGAGCAUGCUUGAUAAUAAAGCAGAAUUCUAAAGAGAAAACCAGGAUCCACGAUUCAUAUUACCCUAGAUGGUUUAUUGGUCUCAAGCUUGAUUCAAUUUGUCUUGGAAUAAAAUAUUUUU